UGCGCAUGCGCACAGCCCGCCGGCCGCUGGCUGAGGCGGCGAGGGGAGGUGGCGGUGGUCCUGCGGGCAGCCAUGAGUGGGUUCGGGGCUGCGGCGCCGCUUUCGGCCUCCUCGGCUACGGCGGGGACCCGGAACGGCAGCAGCGACAGCCUGGAGAAGAUCGACAUGUCCCUCGAUGAUAUAAUUAAACUGAACAAGAAAGAAGAGAGAAAACAGUAUUCCCCAAAAAUAAAAAGAGGGCUGCAGCAGAAUCGAACUCGACAGUUCAGGACACCUGGCUCCAAGUGGGGAAUCCAACAGCAGAAAGGUUAUGGUAAAAAUCGUUUGGGACGCAGAAAGAAGAUAGCAGGGAAGAAGCGUUCUUAUGGUGUUAUAACUGGCUUGGCAGCCAAGAAAGCAAUGGGUUCACGCAAAGGAAUUAGUCCUCUGAACAGACAGCCACUUAGCGAGAAGAAUGCACAGCGGAAUUACCCAGUUUUGAAAAAGAAAACAAACUUGCAGAGACAAUCUGAAAUGCAGAGAAAACAAGCUCCAGCCCUCAGGAGGCCUGCCCCGCUAAACAGAAGGAAUAACAUGCCGUCCACUUUUGCCAGAAUUGGAAAUAAACUAAAUCAGCAGAAAGACACUCGUCAAGCAACUUUCCUGUUUAGAAGGGGCCUGAAGGUGCAGGCCCAAGUGCAGUCAACAGAUGAUCUUGAUAAUCAGACAGUAAAGAGAACUCGUCAAUGGCGAACUUCCACCACAAGUGGAGGGAUUCUGACUGUGUCCAUUGACAACCCAGGAGCCAUCAUAACCCCAAUUUCACAGAAAUUACGAUUAACUCGUACUCCUGUGCCACCAUUUCUGAUGAAGAGGGACCAAUCUGAAGAGAAGAAGAUUCCCAAAGGGGUUCCGUUGCAGUUUGAUAUUAAUAGCGUUGGAAAACAGACAGGGAUGACGUUGAAUGAACGUUUUGGAAUCCUGAAGGAGCAAAGAACAGCGCUGUCUCAGAACAAAGGAAGCCGUUUUGUAACAGUGGGUUAACUGGACAGGUGGACUUGGGCACUGAUCCCACCUACCUAAGAAACUGCGAUAAAAGUGGGCAGAAGAAUACAGCAUACGUCACUGAAAUUCUCCAGACUUCUUGCUAAGAUGGUGGCAGAGCUAUCGAUCUUUAUUGCUUUUACUUUGAAUGGUAAAAGGCACCAUGCCCUGUGGGGGGGGGAAGUGGGGAGGCUGAUCCACUCAAGUGGCACCAUCACCUGGUCGGAAAAGAUUCUGUUGCCCAGCUAAUGACAAACGCCGAUUUUGGUUCAUCUUGCAACCAGAACACAAACAUGAAUUUUAAAAGGUUUUUGGGUUUUUUUUGUUUGUUUCUUUAGGAGUGCUCAGUAUCUGUUCUCUGACCCCUCUGUUAUAGUAAAGAUUGUGAGUUUCAUUACCAACCCCAUUUUAGGGUUUUUUUAGGGACUGCCUAUGAACUUUCCUUUGGACUGCAGUUUGGCACAGAGCCUCAGUCCAUGAAUACUUUGGUAGUGAUGUAGCGGCAUUUUUCAUGGGAGCAUUGGUUGUACUUCUUUGUGCUUUUGAAGUUCAGUUUUUUUUUUCCUUUCUUGAAAACUAAAUGUUUUGCAUCUUCACUUUCACAAAUAAAGCUGUUAGCUGAGACCCAAAAAUAUGUAAUUUGGAUGGAGACUAUUCUACUCUUAUCUUUAAAAGUGGUCCAGAUUAAUACUGGAGGAAUACUGCACAGGCAGUAUGAGAGUAAUUUAUAUUGCAAAUAGCUCAAGUUCAUCAUCCUCCUGUAAAUGGAGUAUGUCUGUCUCCUGUUUUUUCUUAAACUUUUGCUUUCUAUUUCUUUUUGUAAGUUUUUUCAGAAACGUAAUGCAAUAACUUCACAUUUUUGAAUAAUUUCAUAAGAAUAAAUACAACAGUUCACAAGGAAGUCAGUGGUAUGAUAGAGUUCCUUACCCUCUCAGACACAGGAUUUGCAUCUUGCAUACCUUGCCCCAGGGGUUUUUCUCUGCCUCUUACAAAUAGCCAGAGGCAAGAGAUCUAAUGGCACUUGUUUGUACAUACCAAAGAGAGGUGAGAUGUGAAGCUGAUCAGAAGUGGUCAGAAGUCUUGAAACUGGGGAACGUGGCUGGAGGAAAGCCCUCGGUUUGCCGGCACGUGUAAGGCAUUAAGCAGGAGCGUGUGGUCACUUGGUUUACGCUUAGCUUUGCGCAUCAGAAUCUGUGGCAUGGUGACAACCGGGGCAUCCUCACUCUGAAUUUAUGUGAUCCCUAAAACUGAGGCACUUGUUCAGAAUUGCUUCCAGACCAGGAACUGAUGGAACUUAACAUUGUUCUGUAGCAGUGAGAUUUAGGUACAGUCACACUGUUCUAUAGCAAUGAGGUUUAGGUACAGUCAGGUAAAAAAGCGAUUGGCUUGCUGCAUCCAGAAAUGUUUAUGGUGUUUGAAUUGGGUUUAAUUCCUUUUACUGUUCUUGAAAAAUUUACAUUUGACUUCUUAAAGAGUUGGUUUCCUUGCAUUUUUAUCUCAAAUUCCAAGUUAACUAGCAUUUACCGGGAACUUCAACACUGAAGAGCAUUUGACAGUAGUAGGGCUUCUGUUUGUAUAGCAGUUUUAAAGUCAGAGUGCAUCCUGAUGCUAUAUAGUACUUAAACCCUUAUUUUUAAUGUUGAAAAAUACACCUUAGCAGAAGAAAACUAAAUGUAAUGGUGUUAAGGGUUUUGGGUUUUUUUAAUUACUAGUAGGAAUAUUUUUUUGGAAAAAAUGUCCCACUGUUAGAAUUUGAGUAGAUAAAGUGUUGUCAGCCAUCCUGUUUCAGUGUAUACAUUUUCCAUGUGCCAGGAUGCAACAAAAAAAUUCUUUUGCAUCAACAUAGAUGCAAAACAUUGAUGCAAUGCAUCAAAAAAUGCUAGUUUGUAUUUAAUGAGAAGAUGCUUUACACUGUACCUUUUGGUAUUUUUUGGAGAAGUUAUUACAUUUGAUCUAUUCUGAAGCUGUUAAUUUUUUUUUUUAAAUAAAAAGUUACAGGUUUCA